AUGUCCAACAAACAUCCCCGGCCUACAGGCCGCGACUGCUUCGAGAUCGCGAUUAUCUGCUCUUCGGCCGUCGAACGAAUCACAGCUGAAGCUAUUCUCGAUGAAAGGUAUGAAACCGACGGCUUCUCUUAUGGGAAGGCUGCAAGGGAUUGGAACACAUACACAACCGGACGGCUGGGAAAUCACGAUGUGGUGCUGGCAUACAUGCUGGGUUCGGGCGGGAUCCGUGCCGCGGCCGUUGCAGCGCACAUGGAAUCCAGCUUCCGAAAUAUCAAAAUCGCCAUUGUGGCUGGCCUCUGUAGUGGUGUAACCAAGACUCGGGCAGGAGGUGAAAUCCUCCUCGGCGAUGUAAUAAUCAGCACCUCAGUAACUCAACUUGACUUCGGCCGACAGUACGCCAAUGGGCCCAGCCGGAAAGAGGUGAAAGAUACACUUGGGCCAGCAAACACUGAAAUCAGACGAGUCACAACUCAGCUCUCUGGAAAUCGGGUCAGGCGAAGACUGCGGGAGAAGACUCAUCUAUACGCUACACAAAUAAGUAUGAAGGAUGGGUUUUCCAACUCAAACUAUCCUGGAGCGGAGAGAGAUCGACUGUUCCCCCCCGAGUAUCGACACAAACAUUGGCGAAAAGCUCCUACACAAGAAGGCUGCAUCUACGACAGCUGUCGAUGUCAAGGUGAUGAGGUUUGCGAGGCAGCACUGCAGAGUAAUUGUGAGGAUUCAGGCUGCGACGACUACCUGUCGAUGCAACGCGGUCGGAUACAAAUGGCGAGAGGGUUUGGGCUUGAUGGAAGCAAAAUUUCAACCACCGAGAUGCAGGAGGCACAGAAGCCUCUGGUCCACAUUGGACGCAUAGCGUCCUGCGACGCGGUCAUCAACAGUGGGCUGCACCGCGACCGGGUCGCGGCCCAGGAUGGUGUCAUUGGAUUCGAGACAGAGAGCGCGGGCACAUGGAGCUACCUGCCUACGAUUGUGAUCAAGGGCGUGGCUGACUAUGCAGACGGCCACAAGGACAAACGAUGGCAACAAUAUGCGGCGGCCACAGCAGCGGCCUGUGUGAGGGCAAUGCUAGAGGAGUGGGUUAGCAUCAAUAGCAAAAUGUUUGAGCCUGCCGAUCGCGACAUCCAGAAUCAUCCAGCGACGGCGCCAUUCAUCAUUCCUUUUCGCCGCGAUGAAGACUUUGUUGAAAGCGGAACAUUGUGCGAGCAGAUCGACAAACGAUAUUCGGAACCUGGAUCGAGAACGGCACUGGUAGGGCCUGGGGGAGUUGGGAAAUCACAACUUGCAAUCGAAUGCGCUUACCGACUUCGCGAACGAUCACCAAGGACGUCAGUCUUCUGGAUCAAUGCAAGCAGCGUCGCCUGUUUGACACACAGCUUUCUCGAGAUCACUUACAAAGCUAAUAUUCCAGUGCAGAAUCAGCCUGAUACAGACAUAUUCCUGCUUAUUUUCAAAUGGUUGCAUCUUCACUUCAAAGGAGGGUGGAUGCUGAUCAUGGAUGACCUCGACGAUGCUGUGCGCCCCGGAGUUCGUGGGGACGGCCAAAUCUGCAGCGAGAAUCCACAGCCACUGAUCACGUACACGUCCUACUCUCAGAAUGGCUCGGUCCUUAUUACGACUCGAGGCAGAAAUGCAGCAUUGAGAUUUGUACAAGCCCAUGACAUUAUUCAAACUCGGUCCAUGACUCAGCACAGUGCUCUGGCAUUGUUACAAAAGAAACUGAACUCGACAUGGAGGAGUCAUGACGAUCACGCUGCCGCCGAGCUUAUCGCAGCAUUGGAGUACAUGCCGCUCGCCAUCGUCCAAGCUGCCACACACAUAUCCGAGAGGUUCCCUGUAUAUGCAAUUGAGCAGUACCUCGAACAGGUCGUGCGCUACGGUAGGGGAAAGACGAUCUUGCUGAAAGACGUCGGCGACGGACAGCAUCAUCAGGCUCGAACGGCCGAGAAUUCGAUCAGCGUCACAUGGCAGAUCUCACUCGAGUACAUUCGUCGAGUGCAGCCGUCUGCGGCGGAUUUGCUCUCACUGAUGAGCUGUUUCGACCGGCACGGGAUUCCCAUGGCCCUUCUCAGGUGCCGACGAGUAUUGAAGAGUAGAGAUCAGAAUGAAGAAAGACCUCACAAAAAUGCAGAUUUGGACAAUCGUUGUGGCCUCGAAGACGCUCCGCAACUGAACAAGGAUAAUCUCUUGGAAGAUGACAUUGAGAUGCUGCAACGCCUCUCAUUCAUCUCCACUGGGCAAGACGGUGUGACGGUCGAUGUGCAUGCGCUUGUUCAACUGGCAACGAGGAAGUGGCUUGAAGCGAACGGAAAAGCUGAGACGUGGAUGCGGGAGGCCAUCAAUACCUUGAGCGCCGCAUUCCCGACGGACGAGCAUAAGAAUCAGCAUUUAUGCCAGGCUCUUUUCCCACACGUUCAACCAUUGGUGUUUCAACAACCCAAAGACGUCGACGGUCUGCGUGAUUGGGCUUCACUCCUCCAUCGUGCAGCAAGAUACGCAUUAGGAAGUGGCAAUGUGGAUGAUGCAGUAAUAACGUUGACAGCAUCGAUCGUAGUGAUAAAGCAAUCACUCGGUAACACGCAUGAGGAAACGUUGGCUAGCAUGGACACCCUAGCCUGCGCGUACUCGAAUCAAGACCGAUUUCCGCAAGCCGAAGAGCUAUUAGCGCAAGUAUUAGAAGUGCGGAUGAGCGUGCUGGGCCAAGAGCACCCUGCCACGCUCUCCAGCAUGAAAAACCUGGCCUUGACGCACUGGAAUCAAGGCCGAUGGAAGGAGGCCGAAAAGCUAUUUGCGCGAGUAGUAGAGAUACAGACGAGCAUGCUGGGUCAAGACCAUCCUGCCACGCUCACCAGCAUAAACAACCUGGCCUUGACGUAUUGGUCUCAAGGUCGAUGGAAGGAUGUUGAAGAGCUAGAGUUACAGGCAAUGAGAGCGCAGGAGAGGGUACUGGGGACAGAGCAUCCCGACACGCUCACCAGCCUGUCCAAUCUAGCGACAGUGUACCGAAACCAAGGCCGAUGGGAUGGAGCCGAAGAGCUGGAUAUGAAAGUGCUGGAAACGCGGCGGAGCAUACUAGGGAUAGAUCAUCCUGACUCGCUCACCAGCCUGGAUAACCUGGCGUUGACGUACCGAAAUCAAGGUCGAUGCAAGGAUGCCGAAGAGCUGGAAAUGUUUGUGGUGAAGACCAGGAUAAUGAUAUUAGGCGAGGAACAUCCAGACACGCUGACGAGUAAGGGCAACUUAGCGUUGGUGCUUGGGCAACAGGAAAGGUAUGAAGAGGCGAAGCAGUUGCUUGAACAGACGCGGCGUUCAUGGGAGAAGAUACUCGGACGAGAGCAUCCUGAUACAAUAAUCAGUACGAGUAACCUUGCAGAGGUACUUUGGCGUCUGGGGGAACAUGAGAAGGCGAUGCAAUUAGUCCAACAGACGUUGAGAUCCGCACAAGAAAUACUCGGACGAGAACACCCUGAUACAUUGACCGUUACAUUCAACCUUGCACAAGUACUUCGGCGACAGGAAAAAUAUGAGGAGGCGAAACAGUUACUUCGACAAACGUGGAUUGCCAGAGAGAAGAUACUCGGACGAGAGCAUCCUGAUACACUGACCAGUAUGUUCAACCUUGCACUGGUGGUUGGACGACAGAGAAAAUACAAGGAGGCGACAAAGUCACUUCAACAGUUGUUGGGGUCCAGAGAAGAGGUCCUCGGGUCCGAAAAUCCUGAUACACUGACCAGUAUGUACCACCUGGCUGCAUUGGUGCUGGGGCAACAGGGAAAGCAGCGUGAGGGUGGAAAGCAGUUUCGUCGACAAACCGUGUAA